AUGAAGCUCGAAAAACUCCCGGAUGACUUUGAGGGAAGUCUGAAUAUCUCCUCACCUCAAGAUGAAACCCCAAUACCCGGCCCCGAUCUCCUCACACAAGCCAUGAACGCGUACAGCUCCCUCACUCCCCCCACCACUCUCGAAGAUGGCACUACAGGCCCGCAAGUCCCGCCCGGCAUGGCCGCCAUGCGCAAUAAAUCCACGACCGAGAUCCUUGCGGAGUUAAAUAAGAGUCCGCUGUUCAUGACAGAGCUGGAAGCAAACGACGACUUAGAAGCGUUGAAAGCAUUGGCGUAUGAAGGUACACCUGCGGAAGUAGCGGGCGGAUUUAAGGAGCGCGGGAACGAGUGUUUUCAGGUCAAGGGAUGGGGGGAUGCGAAGGAAUUCUAUACGAAAGGGAUACAAGUGCUACUUCUUGAAGUUCGGAAACGACAGACUGGGAAGGGCGAGGAGACUGAUAGCGCGGAGGUCAAGAAGGAAGUUGGGAUACUCGAAGCCAGUCUGGUGAAUCGCGCGGCUUGUCAUUUGGAGUUGAAGAAUUAUAGACAGUGUGUUUUGGACUGUGGCAGUGCGCUGAAGAUUAAUGGGAGGAAUGUGAAGGCGUAUUAUAGGAGUGCGAAGGCGCUGUUGGCGUUGGGGAAGAUUGAGGAGGCUGAUGAUGCGUGUGCGAAGGGGUUGAGUGUUGAUGAGGGGAAUGUUGCGUUGAAGGGGGUUGCGAGGGAGAUUAUCAAGAAGAAUGAAGAGAUCACACGGAGGAAGAAGAUUGAAGCGGAACGUGAGCAGAAAACGAGGUUAGAGCUGGUGACUUUGCGUGCAGCUUUAAAAGCUAGAGGGAUUAAGACAAGAAAAACCGCACAGCCUCCAGAAAUGGAAGAUGCAAAAAUUCAAUUAACACCCGACCCCACGGACCCAACCUCAACCAUCAGCUUCCCAACCAUCCUCCUCUACCCCCUCCACCUCGAAUCCGACUUCAUCAAAGCCUUCAACGAGCUUGAACCCAUCAGCCAUCAUCUAAGUUACAUUCUCCCCCUCCCAUGGGAUCUCAAACACGAAUACACGCCUGCCAACGUAGAAUGCUACAUCGAAACCACGACCGGCGGACUCUUAAAAGUAGGCAAGAAAGCUACGUUAUUGAAAGUGCUGACGGCGGAGAACGUCGAGGUGGUAGAUGAGGUGGUGAAGAUCUUCGUGGUGCCGAAAGCGAAGGCGCCGGCGUGGAUUCAGGAGUUUAAGACGAAGAAGGGUGCGGAGAAGAAGAUGGGGUGA